AUGGCCACUCUACGAUCCGCAGCGCCGCCCAUUGCGAGUAUAUUCCGCUUUGCCUCACAGCCGACAACCGGCAGACGAUGUGCACAAUGUCUCAAGGCCCAACGAUGUCCCUUCUCCUCUUUCCGACCCAGAGCAGCCUCCUCGAAGCGACCUCUAAUGACCGAGUCAGCACAUAGGCCGCAGUCUCUAGAACCUCAGAUGCCACCCCCGAAGAACAGCGGUGCACCAGACACAAGCAUCUCGGCAAGUCAGCACCAGACCUGGCCACCGACAGGUCCGUGGGAACGUAAAGAUGGUGGUUCGGCCUUGAGCGAACGAGAAGGCGAGGCGCAGAAGAGCAAGCCCACACUAGCGUCGACAACAGGCCAGCAGACAGCCAAGCCCUCAAUAACACCGGAAGCCGCAGCGACAAAGCCCAAGAAGAGCAAGCUACGGCCCAGGAAAGCACCAAUUGUAUUGACACCUAAAGCCGUGGAACAGCUUCGAGGGCUGUUCGAUCAACCAGAGCACAAGAUGAUUAGAGUGGGUGUAAAGAACCGAGGCUGUAGUGGACUGGCAUAUCAUUUGGAGUACGUGGAUAAGCCGGGGGCAUUCGACGAGACCGUAGAACAAGAUGGCGUAAAAGUCUUGAUAGACAGCAAGGCCUUGUUCAGCAUUAUUGGCAGUGAGAUGGAUUGGCUGGAAGACAAGCUUAGCGCGCGGUUUAUCUUCAAGAACCCGAAUAUCACGGAACAAUGCGGCUGCGGAGAAUCGUUCAGCAUUUCGUGA